CUCAAAGAUGCUAGGCUUCGACUCGAUCAUCGUCACGGUGCACAGCGUGGCCUUGACAAGCCGCGCGCCCGUGCACAAGAGCUACGUGCGCGUCACCUGCGGCGGCAAGUCCCCGCGUACGACACACGAGUCAGCUCCAGAGUGGAACCAAGCGUUCCAGUUCAUCGCUCCAAGCGGGUGCCUUGAGCUUACCGUCAAGACGAAGGUGUCUUCGCGCUUCAAGCUCCAGCCGUACACGACGCACGCAGUGGCUGCCCUUCCGAUGACGGUGCUCGGUAAAGAGAUGGACCGCGUUGCAGUGCCCCUUGAGAACGGGCGCGGGACGAUCACCAUCUCGACCGAGUGGUGCUACGUCAUGGAGCGCUGCCGGCACCACCGGCUCCACCUCUGUUGGUCCAAGUGCUUUGGCUGCCGACGCUCGGUCUGCUAUCGCUGCUCCGUGAAAGAGGCAAAAGGGCGGCAGUGCUUCAACUGCACGAGCGAGCGCACGCGCAUUGCGGCCGAGCACUCGGUGCCGCCACGUCGAUCGCUGGCCAAGCACCCCAACGAGCCAAAGCCAACCAAGGACAGCGAGUUGCGAUGUGCGGACGCGCCAAAGCCGGUGACGCGCAGUGCGACGCAGCCGACAGUGUCCGCGACCGUCUCCGAGGCCAACGCCGCGCGUAGCCAUCUCAAGACGUCGUCGUCACCUCGCCGCGGCUCGCGGGUCGUUGGACUGAGCGACUUUCGACUACUGGGUCGGCUCGGAAAAGGCGGCCACGGGGACGUAUUGCUGGUCGAGAAGAUAUCGGGUGAGGACGCCGGCACGCGGUAUGCGAUGAAGGUCCAGACCAAGCACAUGAAGAUGCUCAAGUACCUCGCGCUGGAGCGGGAUCUCUUUGCGACGCUCGCGCACCCGCACACCGUCCCCCUUGUGUAUGCGUUCCAGUCGACGACCAAGACGUUCCUGGUUCUGCCUGUCUACGCCGGCGGCGACCUGCACAGUGCGCUGCACUACGGCGUCUUUGACGAGGACGAAGCGCGGUUCUACCUCGCGCAGCUCUACCUCGCGGUCGAGCACAUGCACGAGAGAGGCUUCCUCCACCUCGACCUCAAGCCCGGGAACGUCCUCCUCGACAACGACGGACACAUUGCGCUCACCGACUUUGGCAUGGCCGCGGUGUACAACGGCACGCCGCUUCAAGGCACGUGUGGGACGCUGGUCUACAUGGCGCCAGAGAUUGCCGGUGGCCGCCCGUUCGGUCCUGCCGCCGACUGGUGGUCGUUCGGCACGGUGGCCUACGCACUCUUGACGGGCCAGCGCCUCUUCCGCGAGCGCAACCCCAAGGUCAUCGUCGAGCGCGUGCUGCAUGGCGCCAUCGAGAUCCCAACCGACCUCUCAGCGACGGCCACGUCCUUCUUGCGCCAGCUGCUCGACCGCGACGUCACGACGCGCCUGCAAGGGCGGAUGGUGCGAGCUCACCCGUUCUUUGACGCGAUUGAUUGGGACAAGCUCGUGGCGAAGGAGCUUCCGGCGCCGCUCAUGAUCUCGACCUUGCCGAUGCACGCCGCCACGGAUCCCCUCGAGCUCGCCUCACUCGAGCGCUGCGUUGGCGAAGACAGCAGCGGUCUGCCCGUGCAUGUCCGAGGCUUUGCGUACGGCGACACGUUGUAGACGUUCGUCGUCGUUGGUGAAUGGAUUGUUUUGGUUUGCAUA